UGAUCUAAUGUAUUAUAAAGCGAAAUCAUUUAAUAUUUUAAAUCCAAUGAGUUUAAUUUUUGGUCAAUUAGUAAUAGGACCACCUGGUAGUGGUAAAACAACUUAUUGUAACAAUAUGGGAAAGUUUCUUGAAAGUUUAGGAAGAAAAGUAGCUAUAAUAAACAUUGAUCCAGCCAAUGAAAAUAUGAAAUAUAGACCAAUUAUAGAUAUUUCUGAAUUAGUAAAACAUAAAGAAGUUAUGGAAACUUAUAAACUUGGACCAAAUGGAGCUUUAAUAUAUUGUAUAGAAUUUUUAGAAAAAAAUAUUGAUUGGCUAAUGAAAAGAAUUCUUAAUUUAAUAGAUCAAUAUUUAUUAAUUGAUUGUCCCGGUCAGGUUGAACUCUAUACACAUUAUGAAUCAAUGAAUAAAAUUGCUGCCAAAUUAGGAGAAAGUUUCAUAAAACUUUGUAGUGUGCAGCUGAUAGAUUCUCAUUAUUGUAGUGACCCAGGAAAAUAUUUAUCUUCUUUAAUGGUUAGCACAAUAACUAUGUUACAAUUGGGGUUACCCCAUGUAAACGUAAUGACGAAAUUGGAUGAAAUGAAACGUUUCAAAAUUGAACUGGAUUUUAAUAUUAAUUUUUAUACAGAAGUUUUGGAUUUAAGUUAUCUUCUUGAUAAGUUAAACGAAGAUAAUAAAUUACCACAAUAUAAAAAAUUAAAUAAGGCAUUUAUUUCACUUAUUGAAGACUAUAGUCUCGUAAGCUUUAUACCACUUGAUAUUUCAAAUAAAGCUUUAUUGUUAAAUGUUAAAAAUGCCAUUGAUAAGGCAAAUGGUUAUAUUUUUGGUGGAAAGGAACCACAAAAUGUUCAAUCACUAUUGACUUAUGCAAUUGGAUCUAUCAGUGAUACAGAAAAAACAAUAAGCAUUGAUGAUUAUUUUUAA